AUGACGCAGCCAAGAGAUGAGUUUAAACCCAAAGAUGAAGCUGAUGCGCCCAUGGCAUCGUCCUCCUCAAAGAUGAUGAGCUGGGGCCCGUUCUUCUUUUGGGAUAAACUGGACAUCACCAUCAUCAUCCCAGGAGCUGCCACUGUCACCCAACCUGCUGACAUGUAUUCUAACUUCUGCAAGUUAAAACCACUGUCCCCUGAGGAAGCUCUUGAAGAACACCUUGUACUAGAGUCCAUCGCUUGGCCUAAAACUCCACCAUUACCAUCUCCUCUUUCUCUGAACAACACCAGUGAUCCAGCCCAUAGCACCUUCACCAUUCUCCCAAGGAAGAGGGGAGAACAGUGGUACAUAGGUGAUAAACUGGAGGUUAUGAUAAAAAUGUAUGACUUUCAAGGCCAUCCAAAGAAGUCCGGCGGAGAUGUCUUACUAGCCCGGCUACACAACUUGACUCUUGGUGCAGGUGCGGCAGGGCAUAUAACAGAUUAUCUCAAUGGCACCUACUCUGCUGUAUUCUCUCUACUCUGGGAAGGAAGUGCACAGGUUCAGGUGAUAUUGGUUCAUCCCAGUGAGGCAGUCACAGAGCUGCGCAGGAUGAACAAAGAGGAACCUGACAGGAUCUUCUUCAAGAGCCAGUUCCGCUCAGGCUUGUUCACUAGAACGACCACGUGUAACGUAUGUAUACGUCCAACUGAGCAGCCUGUGUGUAACUACACUGACCUCCAUACAGGUGAGCCAUGGUUCUGCUACAAGCCAACAAAUCUGAGUUGUAAUGCCAGGAUCAGCAACUACAAUGGAGGAUAUAAAAAAAACCUGACAACUAUGGAAAAACUUUUUCAGAGAGGUGUAAAUAUGAAAGUCUCCAUUCCGGCUUCAGGACCAGCCAGCGUCACCAUUUUGCCAAAACAGAAAGAUCUAAAGGAGUUUAACCUGCAUAGCCCCAAGUCUAUCGGACCUUUAAUGGCGCUGGACUAUGCAAACAAUAUCUUUGUGACGCACCGCGCCCACGGUCCUCCUCUGCGUACUGUCAAUGUCCCAUCCAUGGAGCUGCAUUAUAUUGCCAAUGAGCUGGACAAUGUGGUUGGAGGUAGUAACACUGUAGUAGUUUUUGGCAUCUGGGCACACUUUGACAAUUUCCCUAUUGAGUUCUACAUCCGUCGACUGAUGUCCAUUCGCAGGGCAGUGGUAAGGCUACUGUCCAGGGCUCCAGGCACUGUGGUUGUCAUUCGGACUGGAAAUCCCAAAUCUUUUACACCCUCUGGUGCAUUUGUCAACAGCGACUGGUACACUUUUCAGCGGCUAAAGGCACUCAGGGCUGUGUUCAAAGGCUUCAAUGUCCAUCUGGUCGAUGCCUGGGAGAUGGUUCUGGCCCACCACCUGCCACACAACAUGCACCCACAACCUCCAAUUAUCAAGAACAUGAUUAAUGUUCUUUUAUCCUACAUAUGUCCUCAAAAGGUUGGAUAG